UUUUUUCUUUUUGAUCAAUUUGUUUUUUGUGGACUGAACAGGUGACACCGAAAAAAAUUCUCUUAAAAAAUUAAUGGAAGAAAAAUAUGUAUAAAGAAGUUGGAUAUUAUUGCUUGAUAAAAAGUAAAAAAGAGUGGCAAUAUAAACUUUUUUGUCUUUUUUGGAGAGAAUAACGAUUGAUUGUUCAAAUAAAAAGAAAAGAUCACUUUCAUGCUGUUAUAAAAAUAUUUAAUUUAAAAAUUUUUUGUAUAAGUUCGAAGCUAAAAUAUUUCAGUUUAAAUUUCCCCAGAUACUUUUCCUAAAACCCGUAUCUUGAACCCCACAUUAAUUCCAAACACUCCGACUGAUCUUUUUCCACCCCUAUUCUAAUAAGCAAUAAUUUUCUAAAUUGGAAAAACUGUAUUAGUUGAACUUGAAGAGAGACUAAUUAAGAAAGAAGGGAUAUUUUAAGAAAUUAAUUAAAUUUUAAAUAUUUGAUACAUAUUGUUAAUGGUUUUUUUACUUUUUUACUUUAUUAAAUAUUCUUCAAUAGAUAAAUUAUAUUAGUACUUGAUUAAAAAAUGUUAUUUUCUGGUGGUACGGCAGGAACAAAAGGAACUCCUCCAAAAGAAUCUAAAAAAGAACGUAAACCCGAUAAAGAAGAAAAAUAUGAGAUAAAAGAGGCAGUAUUUUUACGUUGGGCUAAUUCAAUAAUUGAUGGAGAUUUACAAGAUUUAAGAGAAAUAGCUGAUGUUAAAUAUCUCUCUAAAUUUGCUACUUUAAUACUUGGUGUGCCUGUUGCUUUAAGUGGUAAAAAUGAGGCAGAUGAUAUUGAUGCUAUAUUCCAUGCAAUGGUACCUGAUGAUCCAGAUGAUCGGCUUUUUCAGAUUUCCGUAAAUGAUUUAUUAUCUGGAAAUCAAAAAACAUUAUUAACAAUGUGUUGGCAAUUAAUUCAAAUUUUUUGGGAAAAGUUUGCCCCUGCCCCUUCAAAUGAGAGAAAAAUGGUUGAAGCUCUUAAAGAAUGGUUAAUUUUUUUCUUUUUUUUGUUCGAUCUAUUUUUUCUAUUUAAAUUUGUCUUUUUAAUUCAUUCAUUAAAAAGGUGUCUUGACGCAACAGCUUCCUAUCCAGAUGUUAUUAUUAAUGAUUUUACUUCUUCAUUUCGUGAUGGAAUGGCAAUAAAUAUUUUAAUUAAAUCAUUUGAUGAAUCUUUAAUUGAUUUAAGCGAAAUUAGUGAACUAAGGGGAGAAGACAGAAUUGAGAAUGCACUUAGUCUUGCAAGAAGGCAUUUUCGUGUCCCAAAGCUUAUUCAACCAAAGGAAUUUUAUAGUGAACAUUUGGAUAUGAAAAGUGUUUCGUGUUAUUUAAUGAUGUUAUAUCUCGGAAUGUGUGAAUCAUCAACUCGUCCCCAAAGAGUACCUUCUACAAGAAGACGGUCUACAUUAGCUACUACCACAGUUGGCAAUGAAAGUAUUAGUGCACCAAGUACCCCUUCCGGAGCUCAACAACCACAACAAGCAAAUAUUGCACAAACAGCAAUAACUACAACAUCUAUACCAACAGAGAUUACAACUGAGGCUGUAACUUCAUUCCCAGAAGCAAUCAUUCAUUCACAAAUUCAACAACAGCAAAUAUUAUCUGGAUUGCCAGUCGCAAGACAUUCAAUAGCACAAGCAGUUGUCCAAAUUCCUGUAAUUUAUGCACAACAACAAAAUCUCGUUCAAUCAGCUCAUCUAACCGAUUCAAGUAAUUCUGUUGCAUCAGCCCCACCAUAUCCUGGAGGCAAUCCUUUACAAAGAAUUAUUCAGGCUAAUAUGUUAACUCCACCAUCAAAUUCACAGUCAACUAAAGCAUUUAUUCCAUUAUUACAAGCAGUUCCUUCAACAACAUCUACAUCCGUUAUUUCACCUUUAGCCCAACAAUCACAUAAUCAAGCACAAUUACUUGAACAUCAAAAACAAAUGGAAUCUCAAAAAGAACAACAACAACAACAACCUCUUUUUCAACCUCCAACAGUGCAAAUUCAAUCAACUUCACAACUUCCUAUGCUUUUAAUGCAGCAACAGCAACAAACUUCUUUACAUAAUUAUCGUCCUCUACAGCUUUUACCUCCAUUACCACAAGUCCUCCCCUCAAAUCAGCCUUUGCCAAGUCUAAAUAAUUCUCCAAAUAGAGAAUUAAAUCAACAAUUAUCGCCAAAAUCUUUGGCACAAUUUACUUUACCUUCACAACAAUUUAUUGGCAUUAGUGAUGUUAUGGAAACAGGGAUGCGUUCACGUAAAUCUUCAAGUUGUUCAUCUAGUAGAACCUCUAGAAGUAGAAGAAAACCAGAAGAAUUAUUACAAGAAUAUGGAGAUUAUUUACAGCAAGUAUUAACUUGGCUUAACGAGGCCGAACAAGAAUUAGCAUUAAUGUCUUCAACUCAAGAAGAUGAAAAUGAAUUACCAAGCCUUGAAGCUGCUAAAGAAAAAUUUCACGAACAUGAGAAAUAUAUGCAAUCAUUAACACAAAGUCAAGAAAGUGUUGGGCGUGUUCUACAUCGUGGUCAUCAUUUAAGUAAAAAAUUAGAAGAUCCAGAACAAUCUGCAGCAAUUAUUAACCAAUUAAAAUCUGUCCAAUCUCGAUGGGAAUUAAUUAGAAUUGGUGCUAUGGAAAGGCAAACAGCUCUUCAACAACAAAUUGAAAAAAUACAAAGAGCACAUUUAGACGAACUUAUUGAAUGGUUAGAAGGAAUUGAAAGAAUCAAGACAACAAUUAUGCCCACUUGCCGGAAAUAUUGA